CGUCGGGGCAGCCUAGGAGAGGACUGCGGUAGCGACGCGCACCCUAGCCAUGAAGACCCGCUUCAGCACGGUUGACCUCCGCGCGGUGCUCGCGGAACUGAAUGCGAACUUGCUAGGAAUGAGAGUAAACAACGUUUAUGAUGUGGAUAACAAGACAUAUCUUAUUCGGCUUCAAAAACCUGAUUUUAAAGCUACACUGUUACUUGAAUCUGGUAUACGUAUUCACACAACAGAAUUUGAGUGGCCUAAGAACAUGAUGCCGUCUAGUUUUGCUAUGAAGUGUCGAAAGCAUUUGAAAAGUCGGAGAUUAGUCAGUGCAAAACAGCUUGGUGUGGAUAGAAUUGUGGAUUUCCAAUUUGGAAGUGAUGAAGCUGCUUAUCACUUAAUCAUUGAGCUCUAUGACAGGGGCAACAUUGUCCUUACAGAUUAUGAGUACCUAAUUUUAAAUAUCCUAAGGUUUCGAACUGAUGAAGCCGAUGAUGUUAAGUUUGCUGUUCGUGAACGUUAUCCCAUAGAUCAUGCCAGAGCUGCUGAACCUUUGCUCACUUUGGAAAGAUUGACUGAAGUAAUAGCUAGAGCUCCUAGAGGUGAACUGCUGAAGAGAGUUCUGAAUCCGUUACUUCCCUAUGGGCCAGCUCUUAUUGAGCAUUGUCUUAUAGAAAAUGGAUUCUCUGGCAAUGUCAAAGUGGACGAAAAACUUGAAAGCAAAGAUAUUGAGAAGAUACUGGUUUGUGUGCAGAGGGCAGAAGACUAUUUGGAAAAAACAGCCAACUUCAAUGGAAAGGGAUAUAUAAUUCAGAAAAGAGAGGUAAAACCAAGCCUGGAUGCCAAUAAACCAGCUGAAGACAUACUCACGUAUGAGGAAUUUCAUCCUUUCUUGUUUUCUCAACAUUUACAAUGUCCAUAUAUAGAAUUCGAAUCAUUUGACAAGGCUGUGGAUGAAUUUUAUUCCAAGAUAGAAGGUCAGAAAAUUGACUUAAAAGCAUUGCAACAGGAAAAACAAGCACUGAAGAAAUUAGAUAAUGUCCGAAAGGAUCAUGAAAACAGAUUGGAAGCUCUUCAGCAGGCCCAGGAAAUUGACAAACUGAAAGGGGAGCUCAUAGAGAUGAACCUGCAGAUAGUUGACAGAGCCAUUCAGGUAGUUCGAAGUGCAUUAGCCAACCAGAUAGAUUGGACAGAAAUUGGAGUGAUUGUGAAAGAAGCACAAGCCCAGGGAGACCCUGUUGCAAGUGCAAUCAAAGAACUAAAACUGCAAACAAACCACAUUACCAUGCUGCUACGAAAUCCAUACUUGUUAUCAGAGGAGGAAGAUGGUGAUGGUGAUGGCAGCAUUGAGAACAGUGAUGCUGAAGCACCAAAAGGGAAAAAAAAAAAGCAAAAGAACAAGCAGCUGCAGAAGCCUCAGAAGAACAAGCCGCUGCUUGUCGAUGUGGACCUCAGCCUGUCAGCCUAUGCCAAUGCCAAAAAAUAUUAUGAUCAUAAGAGGUAUGCUGCUAAAAAAACACAGAGAACUGUCGAAGCUGCUGAGAAGGCAUUCAAAUCAGCAGAGAAGAAAACAAAGCAAACCUUAAAAGAAGUACAAACAGUUACUUCUAUCCAAAAAGCAAGGAAAGUGUAUUGGUUUGAGAAAUUUCUGUGGUUUAUUAGUUCAGAGAACUAUCUCAUUAUAGGUGGUCGAGAUCAGCAACAGAAUGAGAUUAUUGUGAAAAGAUACUUAACACCAGGAGACAUUUAUGUGCAUGCUGAUCUUCAUGGAGCUACCAGCUGUGUAAUUAAGAAUCCAACAGGAGAUCCCAUCCCUCCUCGGACUUUGACUGAAGCAGGCACAAUGGCACUUUGCUACAGCGCGGCUUGGGAUGCACGUGUUAUCACGAGUGCUUGGUGGGUGCACCAUCAUCAGGUAUCUAAAACAGCACCGACAGGAGAGUACUUAACAACUGGAAGCUUCAUGAUAAGAGGAAAAAAGAAUUUCCUUCCUCCUUCAUACCUAAUGAUGGGGUUUAGCUUCCUUUUUAAGGUAGAUGAGUCCUGUGUCUGGAGACAUCGAGGUGAACGAAAAGUCAGAGUGCAGGAUGAAGACAUGGAAACAUUGACAAGUUGCACAAGUGAACUCAUGUCAGAAGAAAUGGAACAGCUAGAAGGGGGCGACAGCAGUGAAGAAGAGACCGAGGAGUUACGUGGAACCACGGAAGAAGUGGAACUCAGGACUCAGGCUGAUCCAGAGGACAUUGCUGCUCACAGUGGAAGAGAGGAACUGAGCUCUGAAGAUGGAGAAGCCAUCAAAACAGCUACAAAAGAUGAAGAGCCCAUUGGUGAAGUGAGGGGAGAGGAGGAAGAGCCCUUCGAAUAUCCUGACACCACCAUUGACUUGUCCCAUCUUCAGUCCCAAAGGCCCCUACAGAAACUGACUCCAAGAGAAGAAUCUUUUAAUUCAAGUGACAGUAAAUCACAGAGCCGAAGACAUUUGUCAGCCAAGGAGAGAAGAGAAAUGAAAAAGAAAAAGCUCCCAUGUGACUCAGGGGAUUUAGAGGUGAUAGAAGAAAAGGACAAAGAAAAAGAAAGUGCUGUGCACAGUGAAGCUGACCAGAGCACAAGCAAAAAUGUGGCAGCUGGACAGCCAAUGAAAAGAGGCCAGAAGAGUAAAAUGAAAAAAAUGAAGGAAAAAUACAAAGACCAGGAUGAUGAAGAUCGUGAACUUAUUAUGAAAUUGUUGGCAUCUGCAGGUUCAAACAAAGAAGAAAAGGGGAAGAAAGGAAAGAAAGGAAAAACAAAAGAUGAACCCGUGAAAAAAAACCCACAGAAACCCAGAGGUGGACAGCGGGUUUUAGAUGUUGUUAAAGAAACCCCGUCCCUUCAGGCGUCGACUCCUGACUUACAAGACUUUGCUGUGGAUGAGCCACAUGAUGACAAGGAAGAACAUGAUCUGGAUCAGCAGGGAAAUGAGGAAAAUCUAUUUGACUCUUUGACAGGGCAACCACAUCCUGAAGAUGUACUAAUGUUUGCUAUUCCAAUAUGUGCUCCUUACACCAUCAUGACAAACUAUAAAUACAAAGUGAAACUUACUCCUGGAGUUCAGAAAAAGGGAAAAGCUGCCAAGACAGCCUUGAACAGUUUCAUGCACUCCAAAGAAGCAACAGCAAGAGAAAAAGACUUAUUCCGAAGUGUGAAGGACACAGAUUUAUCAAGAAACAUUCCCGGGAAAGUGAAAGUGUCUGCCCCCAAUCUUCUGCACGUAAAAAGAAAAUAGCUGUGCACUGGGCAGCCAGCUCUGUAGCCUCUGCAAGUUCAGAGAUGCAGACAACAUGUUACUAGGACUUCCACUUCACAGACGAACAUACUGCCUUGCUCUGUCACCAAAAGGACUUACGGUUUUUCCCCAAGUUUUAUAUAUAUAUAUAUACUACAAUAAUAUUUCCUAAAAUAUUUGUGAAAACUUAAUGAUACACACCUGUAAUUGUUCUACAUUUUAUUGAAAUUCUUGAGGUCUCAUUCAUGAUGAAAAGACCCUGAAAUGGCUCAAGUGCAUAAACUACUGACGUAGUGGUCUACUGUAUAUAACAUCUCAUACAUAGUACAGCCAGUCAGGAGAGGUUUCUGUUUGGUUAGUAGAGCAAUUAAACAUUUAAGGUUUGUGUCUUGAACACUUUGCCAAGUUUUACAUCAAAUGCAAAAAAAA